AUGGAUAACGAGAUCGAGGAAUUCGUCAAACGCUGCGCACCAUGUUCCACAGCUGGUAAAGCUCCGACGAAAACGACACUAGAAUCGUGGCCCAUUCCAAGUAAACCCUGGUCCCGGAUUCACAUCAACUACGCAGGACCUGUAGAUGGUGUCUACUUUUUGGUGGUGGUCGACCCGCACUCUAAGUGGCCUGAGGUACACGUAACCAAAUCAACAACAGCGAAAGCCACCAUCAAACUAUUGAACCAGUCAUUCGCUACGUUUGGUGUACCCGAGAUAAUCGUAUCCGACAAUGGCACUCAAUUUUCAGGACACGAAUUCCAAGUGUUCUGCACCAAUCUCGGUAUUCGGCACAUCCGCACCCCACCUUACCAUCCACAAUCCAAAGGUUUGGCUGAAAGAUUUGUGGACACCGUGAAAAGAAGCCUUCGGAAAAUUCGUUCGGAUGGAGUAGAAACGCUUGAGGAAGCGCUGCAAACAUUCCUGCAAGUAUAUCGCUCAACUCCAACCAGCGAUCUCGGCGGAAAAUCCCCUGCUGAAAUGAUGUUCGGUAGGUCGAUACGCACCGUCUCAUCGCUGCUGCAGCCUAGCAAGCACACCACCACAUCCAGAAACAGACAAAAGCAGAACGACGCUUUCAACAGGAAACACGGCGCAUUUAAGAAGAGUUUCCAGCAUGGCGAUUUGGUGUAUGCCAAGAUUCAUCAAGCUAAUUCUUGGCAAUGGGAACCAGCGACGGUCAUCGAGAAGGUGGGAAACCUUACCUACAACGUUUUUCUCGGAGAUAGGCAUAGGUUGAUCCAAUCGCAUUCUAACCAGCUGAAGAUUCGAGUUCAAGAAACCAGUCCAUCAGAACAUUCGACGCCACUUUCGGUUUUCUUCGACGAGUUUGGAUUGACCGUUCCAGCAGCAGCCAUUCCUCCAAAAAAACCUGCAACAACACCGCGUUUAGAGGAACAACUUUUGGACGAAUCAGAAAUUCUGGAGUUAACGGAUUCAGAUUUCUCCAAUCCAGCAUUAGACGCCGAAUCUGAAGGUAUUGACGAUCCAGAACCAACAGAUGCAAUUGAGGAGGCAGCCCAUCCGGGAACUCCACUCUUGGAAAGAUGA